AUGAAUUGCCGCCAAACGCUCUUGUCGAAAACCCUCUUCAACGGCUUUACUUUUAUCCUACGCUGUUUCGGCCUAUCGUCGUACAACUUCAGCAGUUCCAACCGAGCCUUCUAUUAUUCGGAUAUAACCCUCGUGUAUACUAUCGCCUACCUGCUGGCGUAUGCCUAUUUCCUUGGUCAAUAUUUCGAAAGUUCCUUCCACUACAUCAGCGACAAAUCCCCACAACUCAGUGGAUUUUUAGUAGCCAUUACGUUUAGCGCUGUUUAUCUGGGAGGAAUCGUCCCAUGUCUGAUAGGACUUGUAUAUCGCAAAAAUAUACUAAUUCUGUACAAUAACUACAUCCGAUUGUGGUUCACUCUCAAACAAGGAACGCCGGAAAAUUUCGAUAAGAAAAUUGGCUAUAAUUUCAUUUUUAAAUUAAUUGUCAUCGAUGGAUUCACCAUCAUCGGAGCAGUGGGAAUCCGCUUACGACACUAUUGGUUGAGUGGAGAUGCAUUCCUGUUGUACGAUGCCCUAUUCAACGUUUUUAUUCUGGCUGUGAACGCCUGUGUCACCAAUCUGUUUGUCGCUGUUGCAUAUCUCGGUGCGCACUAUUUUCGACUACUGAACUAUAGAGUUGGAAAAGUGAACGGAAUGCUCAAAGAGCUUGACCCCAAACGACACUACUGGCGGUCGGAAUCGACCAAAAAAGAGUGGAUGUACGAUCGUCUAAUCCAGGAGCUUCACAUGCUGGCACGAUUACAUGGUGAAAUAAACCGUACCGUACAAAGAUUUAUGGAACUGCACGACCCUUCCCUGCUGGUCCUGGUCAUUAAGAGCUUCGUCGUAUUAAUAACAGGUUUACAUGGAGCAUACACCGCUGUGAUUGAAACGUUUAGCCUGGAACUACUUCAUCGUGACAAUAAAAUUACCAACAGUGGCCUAUACUGUAUUGAUUUCUCGUUGAUAUAUGCGGAUCUGGCAACGAUGAUAAAUUAUUUAAUUAUCAUAGUACAAUUUCAAAUGACAAAUUAUUAG